ACUAGCCGGAUGACUUCCCCAGCCACAGAGACAGCUGUGACACAGGACCUCAGAACUGACCUUGGAUCCUGCCGGUGCCACCCUCCCAAAUAGGUGGCCGGGAUAGGGAGAAGAGGUGGAGUGGGUUCCCCUCCGUCCCUGGCGCUGACCUGGGAGUGACCUGUUCUGCUCUGGACCUUGGCCUGGAGCUCGGCGACCCCGUCUUACUGGCGACCCUGUCUUCCUCCCUCGCAGCUGCGGGGACCUGGCUCCAGCCCAGACGGUACCUCGAGACACCUGCAUCCCCUCCUGUCUGUCUUCGCUCCGGUCUUAACUCGUCCUAACUGCCAGGGCCUGCCCACUCCUGGCACAGAAUGCCUGAGGGCCCUGAGCUGCACCUGGCCAGCCACUUCGUGAAUGAGGCAUGCAGGGGGCUGGUGUUUGGCGGGUGUGUGGAGAAGUCACCCGUCAGCCGCAACCCCGAGGUGCCCUUUGAGAGCAGUGCCUACUACAUCUCAGCCUCAGCUCGGGGCAAGGAGCUUCGCCUGACACUGAGCCCCCUGCCUGGGGCCCAGCCCUCACGGGAGCCAAUGGCCCUUAUGUUCCACUUUGGUAUGUCUGGGUCCUUCCAGCUGGUACCCAGUAAUGCGCUACCACCCCAUGCCCAUCUGCGCUUUUACACAGCUCCUCCUGGCCCCAGACUGGCACUCUGCUUUGUGGACAUCCGCCGCUUUGGGCACUGGGACAUCGGGGGCGAGUGGCAGCCAGGCCGUGGGCCAUGUGUCUUGCUGGAGUAUGAACAGUUCAGGCUGUGUCCCUCCAGGGAGAAUGUGUUACGAAACCUAGAGGACAAGGUCUUUGACCGGCCCAUAUGUGAGGCACUCUUGGACCAGAGGUUCUUCAAUGGCAUUGGCAACUAUCUGCGUGCAGAGAUUCUAUACAGGCUGAAGAUACCUCCCUUUGAGAAGGCCCGCACUGUUCUAGAGGCUCUGAAGCAGCACAGGCCGAACCCAGAGUUGACCCUGAGCCAGAAGAUCAAGGCAAAGCUGCAGAACCCAGAUCUGCUGGAGCUGUGCCAUUCAGUGCCCAAGGAAGUGGUCCAGUUGGGGGGCAAGGGCUAUGGACAGGAGAGUGGGGAGGAAGACUUUGCGGCCUUUCGAGCCUGGCUGCAGUGCUACGGCAUGGCGGGCAUGAGCUCUCUACGGGACCGGCACGGCCGCACCAUCUGGUUCCAGGGGGAUCCUGGACCUUUAGCACCCAGAGGGAACAAGUCCCAUAAGAAGAAAUCCAAGAGAUCACAGCCAGGUCCUGAGGACAGAACUGAGGACCCUCCAUCCCCAAGCAAGUCCCCUUCCAGGACACGAAGGGCACGAAGAGGACUUCCUAAGCAAACUACACCCCAUCGGCCUGAGGGGACCAGUCUCCAACAGGACCCAAAAGUCCCCCCAGUCACUGAGAAAGGAAAGAAAACAGGGCGAAGAGCAAACUCAGGCCACUGCGGACCCCAAAAGAUCAAGACUGACACCCCAUCUUUGGAGCCUGAGGGGACUUUAGCUUCUUAGCUGCAUAUAUGCCUUCCUGCUGCCUUGCUCUGGACCUGGGGACCUCUGUGGCUUCCUAGAGGCAGGGAGUAGUCGAAGGGUGCUGGAUGCCUGUGGUCCUAUGGUUGUUCCUUACACAAGUAUGAUUUUUAAAUUUAAUCCCCACCAUCCCCCCUUUUUAAGCUCAUGUAAAAAAUGCUAUAUUUUUAAAAAUGUAUAAAUUGAUAAACUUC